AUGCCGCGCAUCGAGACCGAGGUCCGCCUGGACUUCAAGGACGUGCUCAUCCGCCCCAAGCGCAGCACGCUCAAGAGCCGCUCGCAGGUGGACGUGCAGCGCGAGUUCCGCUUCCGCAACUCGAAGCGCACGUGGUCCGGCGUGCCCGUGAUCGCCGCCAACAUGGACACCGUCGGCACCUUCGAGAUGGCCGUGGAGCUGGCCAAGUUCCAGUUCAUCACGUGCGUGCACAAGCACUACACGCCCGCGGACUGGGCGGCCUUCGCGGCUAAGCACCCGGACGUGCUCCCCACCGUGGCCGUGAGCGCCGGCUCGAGCGCCGCCGACCUGGAGCGCAUCACGGCCGUGCUCAAGAGCCACCCGGACAUCCGUUUCAUCUGCCUGGACGUGGCCAACGGCUACUCGGAGUUCUUCGUGCAGGCCGUGCGCAACGUGCGCGCCGCCUUCCCGGAGCACACGAUCAUCGCCGGCAACGUCGUGACGGGCGAGAUGGCGGAGGAGCUGCUGCUCUCCGGAGCCGACAUCAUCAAGGUCGGCAUUGGCCCGGGCUCCGUGUGCACCACCCGCAAGCAGACAGGCGUGGGCUACCCGCAGCUCUCGGCGGUGCUCGAGUGCGCUGACGCUGCUCACGGCCUCAACGGACACGUCAUCUCUGAUGGGGGCUGCACGUGCCCCGGAGACGUGGCCAAGGCCUUUGGCGCUGGAGCGGACUUUGUCAUGCUCGGAGGCAUGCUCGCCGGCCACGACGAGAGCGGCGGCGACAAGAUCGAGAUCAACGGCCAGCUGUUCAAGAAGUUCUACGGCAUGAGCUCGUCCGAGGCCAUGAAGAAGCACAAUGGCGGCGUGGCCGAGUACCGCGCCUCCGAGGGCAAGAGUGUCACGGUGCCGUACCGUGGCGCUGUUGCCUCAACCUGCAAGGAGAUCCUCGGUGGGGUGCGCUCGACCUGCACCUACGUGGGAGCCAGCAAGCUGAAGGAAAUCAGCAAGCGCACGACUUUCAUUCGAGUGUCCCAGCAGCUGAACGAGGUCUUUGGGCGAGCUCCAAAUGAGCAGGAGGAGCAGGUAUCGAAGAAGCAGAAGACAGGAUAAAUGGGGAAAUGUUCCUGAGUCCUCGCUGUGACGUUGCACGACGGCAACUCCGCGUUACCGGCGAUGUCAUGUCGUGUUUUUUGGCCUUUUGGGUCCUGUCGUGUGGACAGCCGCCACCCGACGCAACCAAUAUAAGGCCAACCCUUUUAGAGAU